CCCCCCGUAUCGCUGCUUCUCCGACGGACAUGCAGCCUCGUCCGUCCCAAACACGAGCCAUCAGCCCGCCAUGAGAACUCAAACGCAUCACAAUGUCUCCGCGCAGGACCAAGGACUCUCUACCUCGGGAAUUACGUACAUAUCCAGACCUUGGACCAAACGCAAGAAAAUUAUAAAGCCGGCCAGGUCUGCCCAUUCAAAACAAGAGAUUCUUCAUCCUCAACACUCAGUCUUUCACAAUGGCCAUUAUCCAAUCUUCUCUCAUUCUCGCCCUUGCCGGCGCCGCUGCCGCUGCUGCUACGGCCAAGUACCCUGAAGUCAAGCCCGGUCCUGGUCUUCCCAGCCUGGCUGAGCUAGGCAUCACUUCUGCUGAGCUGUACCAGAUGGGCAAGCCCGCGUUCCACUCUAAUGCCAUUAACGGAGCGUUCAGCGCCAACUUGGACCCCGGCUGUGGACCAAGCGACGCCUACACCUACGACAUCAACGGUGUUAUUGUCUGCUACAACUACCUCGCCAAGCUGGGUGACACGGCUUGCGUGGUUCCCGCUGAGGGAUACUCGGCCUUUUGCACGAGCGGUGAUGCUGCCAUUACUGGCAAGUCUCAACUUAGCGGAAGCGGCACCUCCUCCGCUUGCCGUGAUGUUGCCAACGGCGUCCUCUGGGUCCUUGACCACUGCACCCGCAAUGAAGAGGGCAAUGUUGCCGGUUUCCAGGCUGCCUACGGCAACGGCGACCUCAAAGUUUCCGUCUCCAACGUUGAGUUCGCUUCUCGCACUUAG